AUGGCUGAAGUACAACAAGUGCAACCCCAAUCAGGUCAACCUACGGCGAGCAGUCAAUCUCAGCCUCAAAGGGGAUCUAGGCAACGCAGGGGUCCUCGUCGGGGUAGAGGCCGAGGAGGUCAAGUUACAGUAGCGAGAGCCGAUGCGGGACAGGGAAACCUUCAAAAUCUACGAAACAAUGCUCCUGCGCACGUGAUACCAUACAAUAACAACGACAACGCAUCGACCGCGAAUAACAACAGAUCGACAAAUAACAACACCCACCAAACGAAUUUGCAGGAUGGAAAUGGACGUCAGAGCACGACACCGUCCGUGAGCUCCAGGGGUGCUUCCCGAGGGGGGCGUGGAGCCCGUGGCGGACGUGGUGGUCGAGGAGGACAGGCACAGAGCCAGCGAGGGGGUGGGGGUAGGGGUGGUCGAGGAGGUUCUACGAUUCCUUCAAGGCGGGCUUUUGGGGGUCAUCUGACGGAGGCACAGGAUGGCGAACCUCAAGGCUCAGCGGGCCUAAGUGGUGAUGCCCCAGAGUUCGUGCCGGGCCAUGCUCCCCUGCAAGGAAGGUCUCAGCCUAAGCAGCCGCCUGCUCCGGCAGUGUUGCCUGCCAAAUCCUCGGCGCCAGACUUGCCGACCCGUAUUCAUGAAGACAUAAACAACCGGCAAUACGACUGUGUCAUUUGCAUGAACGAAAUUCUUCGCUCCUCAAGGGUAUGGUCCUGUUCCAUCUGCUGGACAGUUAUUCACCUCCACUGCGUGAAGAAGUGGCAUCAGAACCAAACUGCCAAAGCAGAUCAGAACCAGGAGCUGGGCAAGACUCCAUCGUGGCGAUGCCCAGGGUGCAACUCGAGUCACGAGGAUCCGCCAGGCUCCUAUCAUUGUUGGUGUGGCAAAGACGUCAACCCGUCCUCGGUUCCUAGCCUGCCGGCUCAUUCCUGCGGGCAGACAUGUUCGAGACCAAGGCCGACAUGUCCACAUCCUUGUAGUUUGCAGUGCCAUGCUGGACCAUGUCCACCAUGCGGACUCAUGGGACCGUCAAGGCCAUGCUUUUGCGGCAAGCAUGAAACUUCGAAACGGUGUACCGAGACCGACUACUCAAAAGGUUGGAGUUGCAACGAAAUUUGCGGUGAUUACUUGCCCUGCGGUGAGCAUCAGUGCGAGCGGCCCUGCCAUGAAGGGCUCUGUGGAAGCUGCGAGCUUCUGGUAGAUAGCGUUUGCUACUGCGGCAAAACUCAAAAGGAAAUUCCCUGUUCGCAACGGGAGGAGAUUAUCCAAUCUUUCAACCACGGGCAACUCAAAGCUCAGGGGGAGGCGGAUAAAGAUACUUGGUUUGAAGGCUCUUUCAAGUGCUCUUCGACAUGUGAGCGGCCUUAUGACUGUGGCCAUCACACCUGCGAGCUCGAAUGCCAUCCACAGGACGCAGAAACGCCUCACUGCCCGUUGUCUCCAGACUCGGUACUCUACUGCCCAUGUGGGAAGACGCCAUUGAGUGAAAUACUUCCUGAGCCUCGCCAGUCCUGCCAGGACCCGAUACCUUCGUGCAAAAGGAUGUGCGAAAAGGCCUUGCCAUGUGGUCACUCAUGCUUGGAACAAUGCGGUCCGGGAUCGUGCGGUCCUUGCACACAAACAGUGGAGUUGCCCUGUCGGUGUGGACGAACAACUACAGAAAUGCUGUGUCACGAGGCAGAGAAAGAGGCAGGGUUCCUAGAGUGCGAACGGACUUGCAGGACUCAGAUGAGCUGUGGGAGGCACGAGUGUGGGAAGCAAUGUUGCUCUGGUGAGAAGAGGGCGUCCGAGAGGCUGGCUGCGAAGAGGAAGAACAAGACGAGCAACAACUCGGCGACUCAGGAAGACUUUGAGGCGGAACAUGUGUGCUUGCGGACAUGCGGUCGACAGCUCAAGUGCGGCACUCAUUCAUGUUCUCAGCUUUGUCACCGAGGCCCUUGCCCGUCAUGCUUGGAGGCAAUCUUCUCCGAGAUAUCCUGCAACUGCGGCCGGACGGUGCUCUAUCCUCCUCAGCCUUGUGGUACACGUCCUCCUGAUUGCCGAUUUGAAUGUACCCGGCCAACAGGAUGCGGCCAUGCACGCGUCCCUCAUAACUGUCACGGGGACGAUGACUCUUGUCCCAAGUGUCCGUUCCUAGUCGACAGGCCCUGUCUCUGUGGCAAGCAGAUACUGAAGAACCAGCCUUGUUGGUUCGAAGAGGUCCGUUGUGGCUUGGUUUGUGGCAAGACGUUGCCAUGUGGCCAUCGGUGCGGUCUGCCCUGCCAUCGGCCCGGUCAAUGCGAGACGGCCGACACAGCGAGGACCAACUGUUCGCAAAAGUGCGGCAAGCCACGGAAGAACUGUGAGCAUGUCUGCUUGCAACAGUGUCACUUCCCUGUCGCUUGCAAUGAGGACAAGCCCUGUCAGUCCAAGAUUUUCAUUACUUGUGAAUGCCAAAAUCGCAAAAAAGAAGUUUUGUGUCUAGCGACACUCUAUGAGCAGCAAACUCGCGAACCGCUCACAUGCGACGACGAGUGCCUACGGCUCAAGAGGAACCGACGCCUGGCAGACGCGCUCAACAUAGAUCCAGACAGCCACUCGGACAAUCACAUACCUUAUUCUGAGACGACGCUCAAGCUCUUCCGCGAGAACGUCGGCUGGGCCCAGACUCAGGAACGCGAGUUCCGCGUCUUUGCCUCGGACACGGCCGAGAAGCGCCUUCGUUUCAAGCCUAUGAAGCGCAAUCAGCGCGCAUUUCUGCACGCCCUGGCCGAGGACUACGGUUUCGACAGCGAGAGCCAGGACCCCGAGCCGCACCGGCACGUGUCCAUCUUCAAGACGCCCCGGUUCGUCUCGGCGCCGCGCAAGACGCUCGGUCAGUGCGUAAACAUGCUCAAGAUCGCGGCCGAGGCUGAGGCAGUCGCUAGGAGCAACGCAGCGCAGCAGCAGGCCAAGACGACGGCUCUCCAGCCCUUCAACGCCUUCGUCCUGUCCAAGCUGACUUUUGGACUGACCAUUGACGAAGUCGACAAGACGCUGGCAGCGGACUUGUCCAGCAGCAACGCUAUGUCGCUGACGUUCUCGACCACGUUCCUCCCGGCGACGGAUGAGGUGCUGGUCGUGGCCAAGCCCCCGCCCGCCACUGCAGCCAACAUUACCCGCUCCGGGGUUGCGACCACGCCCGUGGCCGUCGAGAAUGCACUCACGGCUCUGAAGCCCGCCGUCUCCAAGACCAUGACCAAGACGGGCCUAGCUGGCAACGUGAGUCUCUGCCACGUAGACUCGACCGGCAUUGUGGUACGGCGCGAGGGCCACGGCUCGGGCGGUGGUCCGGAUGCUGGCGGAUGGAGCGCCGUCGCCGGGCGGGCUGCAGCUCGACCGCGCACGGUUGCUACCCCGCCCGUGAAAAAGGCCGGCAGUGUCUUCCUCGCUCUGGGAAGGAAAAAGCCGGCGGCCCCAGAGGCGUCCAAGGCGAAGAAACCCGAGCCCGAGCCGGUCGAGGAUGACUGGGAGGCUGCGGUUGAGAAGAUGGAGGAGCCGACUGAAGAGGCAGAGGCCUUAUGA